CGUGCAGCGCCACCGUACCGGUAGAGCGCGUCACGGUAGCCGGUGCUAGCUCGCAGGAAGCGUUGACGUUCGUCGUCUUGUCCGGCGAGAUCCAGUUCACUUUAAGCCGCUCUCGCGUGUUUGUCUGUUCUCGUCGCGUCGUGCGUCCUACCUACCGAUUAUUUUCUCCUCCUCCCCCCUCCCCUCGCCCGCGUGUACAAAAUCGUCGGUACGGUGUAGCAAGAAACCGCGCGGGUACUACAUAUAACACGCUCGUGUCGUCGUUGUCGUCGUCGCCGUCGUCGUCGUUGUCGUCGUCGUCGUCGUCGUCGUCGUUGUCGUCGUCGUCAACGUCGCCGCUGCCGCCGCCGUCGCCGCCGUCGCCGCCGUCGUGGUCAUCGUGGUCGUCGUGAUCGUCGCAGCACCGAGUGGCUCCUGGAGUGAGUACUGGAUUUUGACGCAUCGUUCGGUGCAACGUCCAGGAUGGCGUUCAAUGGAGACGGUCCACAUUCUAAGAGACAGCGGCUCGAGGAAUCUGGACACAGGAAUCACGAGUACGGCGCGUAUGGGGACGAGCCACGUCGUAAACGAGAAGACAAUAACAAGCCGAACCACGUACUACUCUUCACAAUUAUCAAUCCAGUAUACCCCAUCACUGUGGAAGUGUUGCACGCGAUUACGGCGAACACCGGGCAGGUGCAGCGCAUCGUGAUCUUCAAGAAAAACGGCGUGCAAGCCAUGAUAGAGUUCGACUCGGUCGAGUCAGCCACCAGAGUGAAAGAGGCGCUUCACGGUGCGGACAUUUAUUCUGGCUGCUGCACACUGAAAAUCGACUACGCGAAGCCGACGAAGCUCAACGUCUACAAGAACGAUGCCGAAAGCUGGGAUUACACGACGCCAACGUUGGGCUCGAACACACACAAAAACGACGCGACAGGAAAUGGAAGGCCCGCUCCCCUUUUGGCGGAACCAAGAUACGGCGCCGCGCCCCAGCCAUACGGUUCCACGCCACAGGUGACUUUCCCGCCGGGCGCCGGGCACGACCGUUACGAGGAGAACUUCAACGGGCCGGCGACGUACGCGGAGCCGUACGUCGAGCGUUACGGCAUCAAGAGCGACUUCAGCGGCCGCGAGCCGUUACAUCCUACGCCACCUCGGCCAGGUUACGUGCCCACUCUGGGUCAAACGCCGCCCUCCAGCACACAGGGCUCCGUCAUGAUGGUCUACGGCCUGCAGCCGGACAAAGUCAAUACCGACAAGCUGUUCAACCUGUUCUGCCUGUACGGCAACGUCACGAAGGUUAAGUUCUUGAAGACGAAGGAGGGAUGUGCCAUGAUUCAAAUGGGCGACAGUAUAGCUGUGGAGCGGUGUUUACAAAAUCUGAACAACGUCACGAUCGGGACGGAUGGCAGGCUGCAGCUCGCCUUCUCGAAGCAAGCUUUCCUUUCGGACGUCACCAACCCGUACAUUUUGCCUGACAAGACAGCGAGCUUCAAGGACUUUACAGGAAGCAAGAAUAACAGAUUCCUUAACCCGGCAAUGGCCAAUAAAAACAGGAUACAGCCACCUUCGAAGAUAGUCCACUUCUUCAACACCCCACCGGAUCUGACCGAGGAGACAGUCAAUCGCGUAUUCGUGGAGCGCGGUAUCGAGGCGCCGACGACGGUGAAGCUGUUCCCCCUCAAAUCCGAGAGAUCGUCGUCCGGACUGAUCGAGUUCAGUAGUGUCGGAGUUGCAGUCGCUGCUAUUAUGGAAUGCAACCACACAGCACUAGAAAAUAGCAACGGCAAGUUCCCCUACAUCAUGAAACUCUGCUUCUCGUCGUCGCGCACCAUACCCACAAGCUUCCCACCGAGCAGCGGUAGCGCGUCGAGCAAUUCCGCCGGUAAUGGCCACGUCAAAAUGCAGCAGGACUCGGAAUAGAACGGCGAGGUCCAGGGCCAGCAGCGUCAGCGUCAGCGCCAGCGCCCCUCUCUCGCCCUGCACCCGUUGUGUGCCCCGACGGGCACGGCCCUGCACCCCGCAGCCGCAGCGAUUACGCUAUCCCCGGUCCUACCGCCACCCGUACCGCCACCCUUACCGCCACCCACCUGCCUCCUGAUAGCCACUCCGACCCUCUAUCCGACCGUGCCGCCACCGCCGCCGCCUCCGUUGCCCACCUUCUGGCCCUACUGAGUGAGGCGGGCCCAACCGCCGGACCGGCGGCGGACCGGUGAGACUCGCGCGCACAUCGACGAGAUCGAGCGACGCGCCUUCCGAGGACACGGAACCAGCCCAGACAUCGUACGAUACACCGAACUCGUCCCUGCGCGUCGUGUCGUGACCACGCACCUCGCUCGGGACCGGACGCGACGAGCGAUGCGGGAACGAUGACGACGGCGGGGUUGCCCUCGUGAUGCCUACCCCACACGAGAGCGUGUGCCAGCCGCACGAGGCCGCCGAGACUCCGAGUCGUCGUCGCCGACGACGCUCUGUGUACUGUCUCUCGCGGCCGCGCGCCCUCGACCUCGCGGUUCCCGCGCUGUGUGACACCUGCCACGGGGAUCCUCCGAUUUUUGCGGUGCAGUGUGUUGCGGCUGAGCGCGCGCUGAUGGUGCUCUGGUGUGUCGAUCGUCGGCGUUGGGAGGGGGGGGAUGCUUGUUGUCGUCAGUGGGGGUAUACACACACACCACAGGCUGUCGGACACGGGAGCCCGGCGUUCGCGGAGUUGCGGGGUGGUGAGUGCUGCACAGGAGAUGUAUGCGUGUCUGUGUGUGUGUGUGUCUGUGUGUGUGUGUGUGUGUGUGCGUGUGUAUGUGUAUGUGUAUGCCUGUGUGUGUGGGGGUGUGUGCGGAGGUUUAUGUGUGUAUGUGUGAACACGGUGUCGGGCUCGCAGGCUGUCGCGAGCGCAGCAAAGCGGCAAAAUCUCGACGGAGUCGAAGGGUUCUUCGCGACGACGCAUGAUGAUGCCUAGCGGCAUCUCGGGGAAGCGCGCAACGGGUGCGGCUCAUGUGGCCAAAGCGGCACUUGAUGUCGCGCGCCUUGCUUCUCGGAGGUACCUGGAAACAGCUCGGAGACCGGCGGCCUCCGGCGCGCAUACAUAUCAAGGGCAAGGAAAAGACAAAUCGGCGGCGUGCUUCGCAAGGAACUACGCGCGUGCGCGGACUUGGGAUCUCACUCACGGAGGAGGGGUUCACGAGGUGCCUCAGAGGGACGGCGGCAACCGCCUGAAGGGAAGCAGAGCCAACGGGGAAGGACAAACAAACGGCCCGAAAGUGUCGGUCGACUCUUGCAUGAUGAUUCGAAGGAGCUGGCAAUUUUCUCGGGGAAGAAGAAAAAAGGGGGCUUUGCAAUAGAGGAGACGCUUCUUCUAGAACGAGGAACGAGAACUUGGAACUCCAUCGACGAAGGAGGAUGGAUAUGCAACUCGAAGAUGCAACUGCUUCUUCUCAAGAGGGGAACGAGAGCGACGGCUCGCCGAGAGAGUCCCAAACUUUCCGGGGUGGAGCGGUCGUUCGAGGAAGUUGGAACCCCAUAAGAGGACAUGCAGGACUCUGCUGAUUCUAUCAAAGGGAACGAUCGAAGCGAGAGAAAAUAACUUACCGAGACGGCUGGAGAAGGACGACGGGAACCCAUCGGAAAUGAAUCGAACCAGGUGGAGGAAUCCCUUUGACAACGAGACGACGCGAGGACGCAGUUUAGCUUCUUCGGAAAGGCAGUCGGGUCUUUCGGAGGAGAGGCAGCACGAUGAUCCGGAAGACCGCUGAAUCUCCUCAGAGGGUGCGGCGUUUGGUAAAUUCUUUGACCGGAAUUCUUCAGCGAGACUGGAGCAAAUCCGCACGAAGUGUCCAUUCUACAUGUGAUUGUCGGCGAAGCGCGCAAGGAGGCGUUGCUCCCGCGAAGCCUCUCUCGUUAGGAUACGAGGGCGUCCCAGCUGUCCUUCUCACGGUCGCCCUCGCGAGACGCUUCCUCACGUUUGUGCGUUCGCUCGUUCGAGAUCGAUCGCUCGUUUUUAAUUUGCUCGUCCUAUCGUUCGCUCGCGCCUCGCGCUCGACUCACCGGAAACGCGCAUGGACACACGUGACACAUUUUACCCUCAAGCCGAGCCACCAGCGCUCCUCGACGACCAUAUUUUGUGGGAUCCAAUAAUGAACCGGAGAUUUCUCAACGACCACUUAAUUAACACACACUCACAGACACACGUACACGUACGGGACACAAUUAGGAAAAGAGCGAUUCGGGAAGAUCCGAAUCGGCUUUGCGCCACGAGAACAAACUGUCGUACGACCUGCGCAGGGAGCGCAGAGAGCAUUCGCUUUUGAAGGUCAACGCCGCCGCUCCAUUCGUCGUCGUGAUUACGCAACGGCCCGCGGCAAGCGUCGCGCCGUUUCCUUUGUAUGUUUGCCGUACAACGCGCGACCCAACACCGCGUGUGCUUCUGUAACGUCAACGUUCAACUUUGUGUUGAAGCACGCAUACACACACACACACACCCAGCCAGCCAGCCAGCCAGCCAGCCACUCAGCCACCUACACAUGCACACACUCGUACAUAAACACAUAUAUACAUGUACACACACAGCAAAUCGGGCAAAUUGUUCCUCCGGCUGGAGAGGAGCGAUUUCCCCUCCCCGUGGAACGAUAAGUCUCUUUUUCUGAUUUUAAAAUUGACAUAUUUUAAACGAACUGAGGAAUUCGUCCGCAACAACACGGUAAUUCGCGGGUGGAGCGACAACUUUUCACACGUGGGGCAUGUAGCUCUAUUUUUUUCGCGGCUUUUUGAAACUUGUUCAUCUCUCUCUCUCUCUCUCUCUCUCUCUCUCUUCCUUUCUCGGCGACAUUGUCGUCUAGAAAAGAAUGUGAGAACCUUUUAAUUGGGGCCAUUUUAACCGAAACCUAUAAAUAAAGUCUAAUCUAGGAUUCUUAUAUAUUUUUUUUUUUUUUUUGGGCUCCAGUCGCUUAGCGUGUUGUUGCUUGAAAUCUGUUUAAUUAAAGAGCAUAACUUCUAAUAUAAUAGCGAUAAGAUAUUGCGUUUCUUCCCCGCGUUAGAAUAAGACAUUUUAGAGCUAUGAGAAGUAAAAAGAGGAAGAAGGAAGAAAAAAGUGGCAAGGAUAAUUUCUUAAAAGAUAGCAUAUGUCUUUCUGACAGAUUAAGAGAGAGUUGCAAAUUGUAUCCUUCGGAAAUUUGUCUCGAGUGAAGAGCUUCAACGUUUUUCUCAAAAUGGCGGACGAAAAGAGAGACGCCAUUACGAAUCAACGAGACGCCUCUGCCCGAAGAAUAAUCGACGAAUUUGAGUAAUGAUUUCUUUUUUAAAUUUCAAAGACAUCCGGAUUUAUAUCCACUAGCCGGAUAAGGAUUAAUUUUACGAUUGGUUACGAGAGGGAACUCUGCAUAUCUGCAAGUUUUUACGCCGAGCAGCAAGGUGAGUGUUUCGAUUUGCGUUUCGGUUUUCGUUGCGCGAGGCUACGUCGCGGACCUUAAAGGUUAAACAAUAAAAGUCGUCUAGACUGCUAUCAAUUAAGAGGAUUAAGUCGUUUCCACUGUACCCCCCCCCCCCCACUUUACACCCUCCGCUUCUCCAGUCAAAUAAACGAACGAAGGAAUCCUCCCAAAAGCUGUAGUGUUCAGGUUGCGACGAUGACAUGUCACAGUGUCCGCACGUUCGCGUGCGGGCGAGCGAGGCAAAAGAAAGAAGAAGAGAAAAACGGAAAACAAUCACACACGACAAAGUGAACGCACCACGCCCGACGAGCGCCGUGGCACUCCUUUACAACACUUUUGAUCAGAUCGCGCAUUCUGCAAAAACUGAAUUUUAUAUAUUGAAACAAACAAACAAAAAAAAAGGAAACAAAACAAACAAUAAGGAAGAAUGAAAUCGGCGACACACUCACACUCACACGCACACAUUACAUAUGCACAUGCACACAGACAUACGAUAUACGAACGCACGCACGCGUACAUAGACCCACACAGAGACACGGUACACACGACACCUACACGCAUACGUACACACCUCUACACACGAUAUAUUAGUGUCCCUCGGCAAUAUUUUGUCGGGCCGAGAGGCGUUUUUAUAAGAAUGGUUUUAGAUCUCCGAACAAAUUUUGCGAUGCGAACCAAACGACUAACUAAACUAAAAAUAAUAUAGACUUUGACUCGGCCAUACGUAAACGUAAGAUAAUAAAAGGGCCGAACGCGCGCCCUUUUGAGAGAUUGCGUGAGAUGAAUAUACCCGCCAUGUUUUGUCCAUUGCCCGUGAGAGAAAGAGAGAGAGAGAGA